AUGCUAUACAGGUGCGAGCCCUCGCUGGAGGACAUCGACGCCGCCAACCAGGAAAUCCAGAAGCAUGAGCGCGCCGUCAGUGCCAUUCAAGAACACAUUGCCACCCUUUUAUCAGACGUGCAGCGCCUCCGCAGAGAACAACAACUGCACAAGGAGGCAAUACAGCGCUGCAUGGGCGUCAUUACGCUUGCUCGCCGCAUUCCCGAGGAGCUGCUCAGCAAGAUAUUCGAGCACUGCGUUCAGGACGGCUGGACACGCGCGCCCAUUGUCGUCUCACACGUCUGCUCCGCAUGGAGGAGGGCUGCGAGCGCACCGAGGGUAUGGUCCCACGUCUAUGUCAAUUGCGACUCGCCGGACACGCUCGGUCGCACACGGUUCUGGCUGGCUAUGUCGCGUCAGGCACCGUUAACAGUCACCGUCAUGGCCCCGUGGAACCCGGAGAGACAACUUGCGGAGGUGAUGGACUUGCUGCUGCUGCAUGCGCACAGGUGGAGGACGCUCUCGAUCGAAACAGGCAGCAUAUCUCGGGUGGCCCAUCUGCUGCGGCGCGUUGCGCGGUCCUUGCCGUCUUUCCCGCUCCUGAGUCAGAUCGGAAUUCGUACUAUUGUCAACUUCGAUGCUGUACACGAUGAAGGGGUCUCAGACGUCGGGGAAUUCACUGAUGCCUUUUCUUCAAACCAUGCGCCGAACCUCUCUACCGUUUGCUAUAUCUCCAAUGCCGCGCCUCUAAUUCCCAUCUUUCCUACACACAUUGUGGAGCUCAAUCUUACCAUUCAGGAGAGCUCCUUCCCCCGCCCUCUUUCCUCCGCCUCCCUCAUCACUGUGCUCGAAGGUGUCCCCGCUCUGCGCAUCCUCACACUAUCCAUGCCUCUCUCCUACGAACACCCUUUCGUCCCCGAGCGGGAUAUUGCGCGCGCCAUAACCCUACCUGCUCUUGAGUCUCUAACGCUCUACGGCCCCACAGACCUCAACGAGUUCCUGCCGCAUCUGCGCACGCCUGCCCUACGGCGGCUACAUCUCCGCUCGCUCGAAGACCUUGGCUACCGCCAGCAGCCCAUCGCGCCGAGCCUCCUGCAGUUUCUUUCAAGCGCGCAUGACACAGACGACACCCUACCUGCUCUUCCCGACAGCGACCUCAACCCUGAUCCGCGCACGGCGCCCCUGAUCGAGCUGCUCGAGUUGCACGACAUCGACCUCUCCCCUGAGGCUUUUGCGGCAUGCUUCGCGGCACUCCCGCAGCUCCGAGAACUGCGCCUGCACGAGUCGUCCAUUCGGGACGCGACUGUGCGCCUGCUUUGCGCGCCCGCCGGGCUCUGCCCCCGCCUGGCGCGGCUCGACUUGCGCUGGUGUGGACUUCUGAGCGGCCGCGUGCUUGUGGAGCUUGUACGGGGUCGCAACGUCGUCGACUCCUCUCCUUCCGCUCUACCUGCCGCAGACCCGAUCACGGAGGUUGCGGUGAUCAACUGUUGCUUUGUUGGGGAGAAGGACGUGCUGGACCUCGCCACUCUCACAGCGUGCAGGGUCGUGAUGCGUGGUGCGGACGAUUAUUGUUGGGCCCGUGAUUGUUGUGUGAACGCCCGUUACAGGAUGCGUCUGCGGCUCAAGCAUUUGACAAAAUUUUCCGCUGAGGAACGACUUCGGAUGAGACUGAUUGUUUAG